AUGCAGCUCCUUAACGUUAUCCAGACACCAGUGCUUAAGGAUACUGCACAGUGCGUAGAUCUCAUUCGCCUUGGUCUUGCGUGGUGUACUUGGAACAAUAUCGGGGGUUGGCGAGGAGAGAAGAGGAACUUGGUGGGAUAUGCAUGGUAUCAGAGACCUCGAACCAUUUUCACGCCUUUGAAAAAGACGAGUUUGUCGAAACGCCAGGCCAAUAAAGAAGUUUCACCUAAACCUCGUUGGCAUAACAAAAAAAAACAUAAAAUCAUCUACGGCUUCUACUCUGAUCUCUUCGACAGCCAUGUCCGCUUACCUCCUCACCAUCUGAGGGAAGAUGGACAAGUCAUUCCAGAGGUUCUCCCGUCCGAAGUACGACAUGCUAUCAUGUCAGUAAGAAAUCGUACGGCACCCGGUCCCGACAGAAUAAGACCAGAACACCUGAAGAGCCUUCCGCCGGUACUCAUCAACACCCUGGCGAGGCUCUUUACACGUUAUCUGUCGGAAUGCAAGGUUCCUAAACAGUGGAAGAUCAGCAAGACCGUGUUGUUGUAUAAAAAGGGAGAUCCACAUGACAUCGGCAACUAUCGUCCAAUCUGCCUACUGUCCGUCAUCUACAAGGUCUUUACAAGAGUAAUCCUUAAUAGGAAUGAAAAAGUCUUGGAUGAAGGACAGCCAUGUAAGCAAGCAGGGUUUCGAGAAGGAUUCAGCACGACUGACCACAUUCACACCGUUUCGAAACUCAUCGAGGUAUCACGAGAGUACAAGAUGCCGCUCUGUCUCACCUUCAUCGACUUGAAAAAGGCCUUCGACUCAGUUGAGACGGAAGCGGUCGUGGAAGCCUUGGACAACCAAGGCGUCCCUACUCAGUACAUAAAGGUACUUCGAGAGUUGUACAGUAACUUCACGACCGGAAUUUCGCCAUUCUACAAGAACAUCAUCAUUGACGUGAAGAGGGGGGUCCGACAGGGUGAUACAAUUUCACCCAAAAUAUUCACAGCCACCCUCGAGAACGCAAUGCGAAAGUUGGAAUGGGACGACAUAGGAGUGAAGGUUGAUGGUCGGCAGCUACACCAUUUGCGCUUUGCUGAUGACAUUGUACUGAUAACACCUAGCAUUAGCCAACCGGAACGAAUGCUGACCGAAUUCGACGAAACAUGUGGAUGCAUCGGUCUUCAGCUGAAUCUACAACGAUGUCGGGAACUAAACAUGAUGAACGACCUGACCCCCGAGCUGGGCAGGAGGAGACGAGCGGCUUGGGGAGCGUACAAGAGCAUCGAGGAUGUAGUGAAGAAGACCAGGAACACCCGGCUCCGUGCUCACCUCUUCAACACCACCGUACUUCCUGCUUUGACCUAUGCUUCGGAAACCUGGGCAUUUCGCAAGCAGGAAGAAAACGCAGUGAGCGUCAUUGAACGCGCAAUUGAGAGAGUGAUGCUAGGAGUAUCCCGUUCCACGCAAGUGAAGGACGGGAUUCGAAGUUCUCUCCUACGUCAGCGAUCGAAGAUAAGAGACGCCGCCGCGUUUGCCAAGGAAAGUAAAAUAAGGUGGGCCAGACACGUGAUGCGCUUUAAUGACAACCGUUGGACCAGAGCCGUGAGCAACUGGGUUCCCCGCGAUAUUAAGCGCACUACAGGAAGACCGCCGACCCAAUGGUCAGAUUUCUUCACGAAGUCCUUCAAAGAAAAAUAUGAUGCUCUUCGUGUCCCACGCGAAAGGAGGAACCACUGGGCUACUCUGGCACGCGAUCGGGACAAAUGGAAGAAUUACUGGCGCCCGCUCGACCAGUUCGAAGAUCAACGGGAGUCAAGAAACUACGAGAGCGCCGGUGCUUUAAGGGCAUCACCCCAGGAAUCUGGGGUGGUGCGAGUUUCAGGUGCAUGUUCUGUACUUUCGGAUGUGAUCUUUGUUUUUGGAGCGACUAAAACAGACGAACAAAAGGAAGACACGCCACUCGAUGAGGAAAACGUUGUGCAAAAUCGACUUGGAAUUGCCUGUUAUUUGCACAUGGUCGCCUCUUGCUUCUUUGUCAUGGGUCUACUGACCGCAAUUGCAUCUUCUUACUUAUUGAUAUCGUCAGGAAAAGGGAGAGAAGGUUGCUGCCAGACUAAAAAGGACUACUUACAACAGCACCGGUGGAAUCACGAGUCUCGCACUGUAUUCGCAUGCAGUCGCAAAUCAUGUCGGCCUAUAGUGGUGAUUGAAGAUGACAGUGUCUAA